GUUGGUUUGGUUUGUUCUUUCUGUACUACCCUACACCACCACUACUAGGCUACUAAGUAAAGAAUUGCUUGCGCCUACUCACUCCAUCCAAGCCUAGGGGUAUCAAAUCAAACAAAUAUGCUGCGCACAGCACAGCCGCGCGCGGGAGGCCGUGGCAGCCUGGCGCGCUUGGCAUGCACUGCCACUGCCUCUGCCACCGCCGUUUCCGCCAUCUCUUUAUCUCUUCCCUCACCACUCCUCUUCUCCAUCACCAUCUCCGCGCCCGCAUCCCCAACUCCCGAACCCAUGGAAGAACGCCCUCUUCCCCGCGGAGCCGCAGGCCCGGCCCGCCCGCCAAGCCGACAAUGACAUCAGCCGCUGCGCACGGAGCCCGUCCUGCGUCCACGCGCCGCCCUGCCGACCAGCCCGCUGCCCGUGCCGGUCUGCCGCCCGAUCCGAGCAUCCCGCUUUAUCGCUCCUACUCGUACCUC